UAAAAUAAAGCGUAAUUUAAAUUAUGCGUAACUGUGACGAUAACAAAGUUAGUUUUGUUUUUAUUUUCCUUUACUCAUCAAAUGGGCUUAAUUUUUUAGGCGUGAAAAUCGUAUUUAACAUUAAUAAAACUCAUCAUGAGCGAUUUUUUGUGGAGUUUGACAAAUGGAGAUUUAGAACAAGUGAAAGAUUUUGUUGAAAAUCAAGGUGUGGAUAUCAAUAAUAGUAUUGAUGGGAGAUUACCUAUACAUUAUGCAGCUGAUUAUGGUCAAAGAGACGUUUUGAAUUAUCUCAUAGAUAAAGGUGCAAAUAUUGACGCUAAAGAUAAGUAUGGAAUAAGUGCUCUACUAGCUGCAAUAUGGGAAGGUCACACCAGUUGUGUCAAGUUAAUGUUGGAAAAAGGAGCUACAAAGUCUGGAUUUGCUCCAGAUGGUAAGAGUUACAUUGAUGCCGCUGAAAAAGAAGAAAUUAAACAACUUCUUAAAUGUUGACAGUUUACAACUCAAACAAAAAACUUUAAACAAGUUUACUAAAAUGGUAUAAACCAAAUAUCAGGACCUUAAUGAAUAAUUUUUUUUAUCUGGGUCUGCUCAAUCUUUCGAUUCUCUUUUAUGCUUGUAUUGUGUGACAAUUAGUUUCUCUUUUUUAGUUCUGUUGCUUUUCGUGCCAAAUGAUUAUAUUUUUUUUUUGUUGCACUAAAAGACUCGCAUAUUUGACUUCUCACCUAAUUUUAUAUAAAUAAUUGAAUAGUAAAUAUGAUGAUCACUGCAAGAGAUUACUUUUGAGAAACCUUAUCCUGAUAGCAAGAUAUCUUACACAGUGUUGUAUUUAUUGAUCUUACAUAAUGUUGUCGGUUACCAUAAGCAUAAUUUUUUUUUGUUUGCACUACACAGGAAAGGUUUUGAUUAUACUAAAGGGUCGCUGAAAUUUCUUAAAAAAUUGUUUUGUGUUCCAGUGAAUUUAGUACUAACUGAAGUUUUUAACUUAGACUAAAUGUCUCACUCAUUAUUAUAUAAGUUAAGUGACAAACACUGCAUAUGAUAAACUAACCAGUAACUCAUAAUAUUAUGGAUAUCCUACCAUUGUAUGACACCUUAUUUAUUGUGAAUAUCAUACUAUUGUUUGAUGUGAAUAUAUGCACACUUGUGCAACUAUGAAAGGGUGUUUGAUUUUAUAAGCUAAUUUGAAUUUCUUUAAAAAAAUAUUUUACGUAUAGUUCAGGGCUCUUGGUACUAAAUAAAGCUUUAAAAUAUUAAAUAUAUCUGUUAAUAAUUGUUUCAAAUAUCACACUUUGUAUAUCAAGUUUGCACUGUGUUUUAAUGUUAACCAGUUUUAAAGUAUGGAAUUAUUUAGUUAGUAUUUAUUUUACUACUUUAAGUAGAUAAUAUUGUAUAUUGGGUACUGUGUGAUAAUUUUGUACUUAUUUAAGUGUAUAUUUGUUUAGAUUUCUAUAAGAGUUCAUUUAAUUUUCAUAUGAGUUAAAAAUAUCACAUUGAGACUCUGGGAACUUUCAAAUAAAUAACAUUUUGUUCAGCAUAUUCUAUUUUGUAAAAAUGAUUUAAUUCUGUCUGAUAAAGAUUGUGUCAAUUUGAAAUUAAGUGAUUAAAUAAACUUUUUUAAUUUUA